UAAAUGAUAUCCUUCUAGACAUAAAAUUUAAAAUUUUGCAAAAUAUAAACGGUAUAUCUGCUUAUUUUUCGUUUCUAUAAUUCUUAUUAGCUAAUUUGAGUUAAACUGUAACUGUAAGAAUUCACUAUUGGCAAUAAAUCGUUUCUUUUUCUGCUUUUUGGCGAGAAUGUCACCGAUUUUUGAGAGCAUGUUUGCAAGGUUUUCAGUUUUGUCAUGCCUGUAAGAAGAAGUACAAGGCAAUAUAAAAAUUCAAAAGCAUUUACAACUGUUAACUCCAGAAUUAUGGGAAUAAGUACACAGGAAUCAAACAAGCAUAAUGCUGUUUCCAUUAGAAAGAGCAUAACAGCUAGAAGAAGAUCACACAGAUUGAAUUCAACGGAUGAUAUUAGUAUGUUAAAGAAAAGUUCACGGUCAUUAAGGAAAAAUAAGAAAAAUUGCAAAUCAGAUAUGUUUACUGACUACGAAUCUUUGGGACCAGAUACAACUCCAUGUGAACUUACAGACACUAAUGGAGUCUUAUUUUCACCAAUAUAUUGCCUCUUGGAAGGUGAAACUACAAAUGGGCAGUCUGUAAUAGAUAAGAAAUUAAUUUGCAAGUCAAGUUUAAAUGCUACUGCAUUGUCAUAUGAAGCGGAGUUUUCAUCUACAGAGGAAGUAGUAGAAGUUAUGGAAGACUGGGAAAAUACAUUUGAUCCGUACCUAUUCAUCAAACAUUUACCCCCAUUGUCUCCAGAAAUACGGGCACGUGGUCCAGCUUUACCUUUAAAAACAAGAAGUAGUCCAGAAUUUACUCUUGUACUGGACUUGGAUGAAACUUUAGUUCACUGCAGUUUGGAAGAAUUGGAUGAUGCUUCGUUUACAUUUCCUGUAGUAUUUCAAGAAAGUCAAUAUCGGGUAUUUGUUCGCACUCGCCCAUUUAUUGUGGAAUUUUUGGAGAGGCUUUCAAAGAUUUUUGAGAUCAUUAUAUUUACUGCAUCAAAAAAGGUGUAUGCACAACAUCUUCUUAAUCUAUUAGACCCAGAAAGAAAGCUUAUUAAAUAUCGCUUGUAUAGAGAACACUGUGUUUGCAUUGCUGGAAAUUACAUCAAAGAUCUUACAGUGUUAGGAAGAGAUCUUUCAAAAACCAUAAUAAUUGACAACUCUCCACAGGCAUUUGGAUAUCAAAUUUCUAUUGAUAAACGCAUUUAA